AUGGAUUCAGACGACAUGGCUGUCGAUCGCCCUCUCUCUCCUCGUGCAAAGCCUCCUCCAAUAGACCCAGAGAGACUCACACAAUACCCCGAGUACCUCCCACGGGACUCACUCGACCACGAUGGUGAUUACCAAUUCUCUGCACCACCUGCCACCGCCCCAAUAGCCGACAUGCGCGCCUACAGAACCAAACCCUCGAUGUCACACAGCCGUGUCAAGCGGCUGUCUACCUCCAACAAGCCCAGUAUGUCGACCAUGGGUGGACUGCCAUCUGCUCCGGCUUCACCACCCACACCAGCACCGUCACCAACCCCUUAUCAGAGAGUGCCGAGCUGGACGUCUGCUGGCGAGAAUGAAGACUCAUCCUACGGGACACAAGACUUUGUUCACCAUUUUGUUUCUCCACGUCUGAAGAAGGAUCCGUUUGAGCACUUGCCAGAUGAGCUGUGCUUAAGGGUGCUCUCUUUUAUCGACGAUCCUCGAAGCCUCGCACGAGCCUCACAAGUGUCAAGUCGCUGGCACAAACUACUCAAUGACGACAUGCUGUGGAAGAACAUGUGUGACAAGCAUGCAUACCGAAAGUCUUCGGACGCCUCGGAAGAGAUCGAGCCACUGUACCUACCACAAGCCGCACGCGGCCCAUACUCAUUCGCCGGAAGGACGCCGAAGCGAACGAUCGACGGAGCAUUAGUCGGUCCCUCAAAUAGUGCGCCCAAUCUCACACUCGCACCAGACGACACACCAUUGAGCCCUCGCUCCAAGAAGAGAGACUCGCGCACAUAUCACCACCAGUUCCGACGAAAGUACAUGAUCGAGGCUGCCUGGCGAAAAGGUGGCGACGCUCAAAUUCAUCCCCUGCAAGAUCCAGGUGUGGUCACGAGUCUUCACUUGACUGACAAGUACAUUGUCGUCGCUAUGGACAACGCUAAGAUUCAUGUCUUCGACACUGCUGGAAGACCACAGCAUGUUCUGAGAGGCCAUGUUAUGGGUGUCUGGGCGAUGGUUCCGUGGGACGACAUUCUGGUCAGCGGUGGUUGUGAUCGAGAUGUCAGAGUCUGGGAUAUGUCGACCGGUAAGAGCGUGCAUACUCUACGAGGUCACACUUCAACAGUACGCUGCCUGAAGAUGUCGGAUGCUCAUACCGCCAUUUCGGGUUCAAGAGACACAACUCUACGUAUCUGGGACAUCCCGUCUGGCAUGUGCAAGACAGUCUUAGUCGGCCACCAAGCCAGCGUUCGAUGUCUCGCCAUUCACGGCGAUCUUUGCGUCUCCGGCAGCUACGACACAACCGCCCGAGUCUGGAGCAUAUCCGAAGGCAGAUGUCUGCGAACCUUGACCGGCCACUUCAGUCAGAUCUAUGCCAUCGCUUUCGAUGGUCAACGUAUCGCCACUGGCAGUCUCGACACUAGCGUCCGCAUCUGGGAUCCAAAGAAUGGCAUGUGUCAAGCCAUCCUCCAAGGUCACACCUCGCUCGUCGGUCAACUCCAGAUGCGUGGCAACACUCUCGUGACUGGUGGCUCAGACGGUUCAGUCCGGGUGUGGUCGUUGCAGAGAAUGACGCCGAUUCAUCGUCUAGCAGCGCACGAUAAUAGUGUUACGAGCCUGCAAUUCGAUGACAACCGUAUUGUCAGUGGCGGAAGUGAUGGUCGCGUCAAGAUCUGGAGUGUGGAGACAGGUCAAUUGGUUCGAGAGUUGAGCCAGCCUGCAGAGGCGGUGUGGCGUGUGGCAUUCGAGGAGGAGAAGGCGGUCAUUAUGGCUAGUCGCUCGAAUCGGACGAUCAUGGAGGUAUGGUCUUUCUCGCCACCUGGUGAUGAGCUAGGCGCAACGAGAUCGGACACGCCGUUGAGUCUGCCUGACAAAGACGCAGAGCAUGAACUUCACCAGAACAUGGACGAGCGAGUCGCCGAGAGCAGAAUGCGAGCAUUCAGCGAAGUCGCCGUCGUUGCUGGUCCAUCGAACGACGUCCACAUGAGAGACUGA